UAAGGAGGCGGGACUUCCUGUGACCCAGCCGGGUGUCUUUUCGCUCAGCCUAGAGCAUCCACUUCCUCACGGUCAGCUCCCAGGAUGGCCCAGGUGGAGGCCCAGGGCCGCCUGUGGCUGGAGAGCCCUCCUGGGGGCGCGCCCCCCAUUUUCCUUCCCUCGGACGGGCAAACUGUUGUUCUGGGCCGGGGACCCCUGACCCAGGUCACGGACCGGAAGUGCUCCAGGAACCAAGUGGAGCUGGUUGCAGACCCUGAGACUCGGACGGUAGCAGUGAAACAGCUGGGCGUUAACCCUUCUACUGCUGGGACCCAGGAGUUGAAGCCAGGGUUGGAGGGCUCUCUGGGGGUGGGGGACACACUGUAUUUGGUCAAUGGCCUCCACCCACUGACCGUGCGCUGGGAAGAGACCCCCACAGCUGGAUGCCAGCCAGACACUCCACCUGGCAGUCCUCCGCUGGCCUCAGACCAGGAGAGAAAGGAAGAGGAUGCUGAGCAGAAGAAAAAGAGGAUGCGGGUGUCACCCCAUGGGUGGGAGAACUUGGAGAAGCUGCUGGUGUUCACGACACCAGGGGUGAAGCCCCGGGGCAAGGUGGCUGCUUUUGAUCUAGACGGGACCCUAAUCACCACCCGCUCUGGGAAGGUCUUUCCCACAAGCCCUAGCGACUGGAGGAUCUUGUACCCAGAGGUUCCCAGGAGACUCCAGCAGCUGGACACAGAGGGCUACAAGCUGGUAAUCUUCACGAACCAGAUGGCCAUCGGGCGAGGGAAGGUGCGAGCAGAGGAUUUCAAGGCCAAGGUGGAGGCUGUGGUGGAGAAGCUGGGUGUCCCCUUGCAGGUGCUAGUGUCCACACACGCGGGCCUGUGCCGGAAGCCAUUGACAGGCAUGUGGGAGCAUCUGCAGCAGCGGGCCAACGAUGGCGUGUUCAUCUCCCUCGGGGACAGCAUCUUCGUGGGAGAUGCUGCAGGCCGCCCAGCUAACUGGGCACCCGGGCGGAAGAAGAAAGACUUCUCCUGUGCCGACCGCCUGUUUGCCCUCAACCUCGGCCUGCCCUUCUCCACUCCUGAAGAGUUCUUCCUCAAGUGGCCGGUGGCCCGCUUCGAGCUCCCAGCCUUUGACCCGAGGACCGUCUCCCACGCGGGGCCGCCCUUCCUCCCGGAGAGCAGCUCACUCCUGAACUCGGACCCAGAGGUGGUCGUCGCCGUGGGAUUCCCUGGGGCCGGCAAGUCCACCUUCCUCCAGGAGCACCUGGUGUCCGCCGGCUACGUGCACGUGAACAGGGACACGCUGGGCUCCUGGCAGCGCUGCGUGAGCGCGUGUGAGACAGCACUGAAGCAGAAGAGACGGGUGGUCAUCGACAACACAAACCCGGACGUCGCGAGCCGGGCCAGGUACAUCCAGUGUGCCCGAGAUGCGGGUGUGCCCUGCCGCUGCUUCCUGUUCACAGCCACGCUGGAGCAGGCGCGCCACAACAACCGGUUCCGUGAGCUGACCGGCUCCUCUCACGCGCCUGUGUCGGAUAUGGUCAUGUUCGGCUACAGGAAGCAGUUCGAGGCCCCGGCGCUGGCGGAAGGUUUCUCCGAGAUCCUGAAGAUCCCGUUCCGGCUGCAGUUGGAGCCGCGGCUGGAGCGGCUGUACCGCCAGUUCUCCGACGGCUGAGCCCCAGCCCGGCCUCCGCCCCCAGCCUGCCCCACACAAUAAAUGUUGUUCUCUGUACGCCUG